AUGCUAAAGAUAGGCCACGAGGUUGUGCGACCUGGGAGGCAUCGGGGUGAUGAACCUGUAACUAUCCCGGUACCAGAGGAACUAGAGACAGUCCCGGGGAUUCCGCUGAACCAGCGCGAGGUUGACUGGUACGCCAGAGAGUAUCCGCUGGAGACCAUGAACAUCACAGAGAGGGCCUCCCGCGAUUGGGCAAACGCCAUUCGCGACACCCACAUCGAGAUGCGGGAGAUCCGGAAAGAGCAUGACAAGCUGAACCGGCCGUUGGUCAUGGCUGCCCGUCUCACCGGCGACCAGGAUCCCACCGUGGAGCCAACCGGCGGAGACGUUUCCCAGGAUAUCAAGGACAAAGCCAAGGACUUGGGAUUCCUGGAAGUAGGCAUCACCUACUACGAUUACCGCUACACCUACCAGAGCAAGAAAGACUAUGUGAAGUUCCCUCACGUCAUUUGUUUGGCGUACGAGCAGGACUUCGAGCCCACCCAGACGAUCCCCAGCAUCGAUGCUGAGAUCGUGCACUCCAGCACCUACCGGACGGAAGGAGCUGCGGCUUUGGAGUUGGCGGCGUACAUCAACUCCAUCGGCUACCAUGCCCAGAUCCAGAGCCCCACAGACAACACCGGCCCCUACAUUCCCAUGUUCGUAGAAGCUGGCUUGGGACAGUUGGGCGCCUGCGGCUACCUGCUGACUCCGUCAGAGGGUUCCCGCUGCCGCUUGAUCAUGAUCACCACCGACGCCAAUGUUAGCUACGACAAACCCGUGGACUACGGCAUCCACGCAUUCUGCCAGGUAUGCCAGGUCUGCGUGAACCGCUGCCCGGGCCGCGCCCUGAUGCGCGACAAGAUCUGGUGGCGUGGGUUGGAAAAGAAUAAGUUGUACUUCAAGCGCUGCCGUCCCAUAAUGGCCCGUUACUUGGGCUGUGGCAUCUGCAUGAAGGUAUGCCCCAUCCAGAAAUAUGGCUUGAAGAAUGUGAUGGAGCACUACGCCGACACCGGACAGGUGUUGGGCAAGGGCACCCACGACCUGGAAGGGUACACCAUCGAGGGCAAGGGCUACUUCGGCCCCGGUGAACUGCCGGUAUUCGACCGUGGCUUCUUCGACAUGCCUCAGGGUGACACCGAAGGAUGGGCGUUCGAUAACUUCAAGAAGCAGGCCGCCGCCGCCGGUGGCGUCAUCAGCGAUGAGUUGAUGGAGAACUUCAGGCAAGAGGUUGCCCGUGGUUUGAGCCAGAGCCGGGACGACCUUGGCAUGAUGGAAGAGGAAGACUACAUCUAG